AAAAAGGCAGCACAGGCGAAGAAGCAGCAAACAAAGCAGAACAUGGAUGCAGAGAUACCAUUGAGUCAUGGGGCUUAUAGUGACACACAGGAUGAGAUACUAGAACAAUACAGAAAGCUAUUGCGUAACCUAACCAAAAUUGACGAUAUAUUAAGGUCUAUUGAAGAAAAAAAUAUUCCUGCUUUAACAGAAAAUUUGAAUCUGUUGGAUAAAAAAAUUGCCUUUGUUUACAUGAUGUUUAAAACUUCAAUUUUUGCAUUUCUUAUAAACGAACAACAAAUUGGAACUUCAAUUAAAUCCUACAUUCCUCCAAUUGUGGAUAAUGAUUUAAUUCACCAUUCUAUUUCACAUCCAGCAGAUCAAAAUAAAAUCCGGGCUCAACCUCCACCUGAAAACAAAAAUCAGAAUAUUCAUGAAUAUGAUAAACCAAUCGAUGAUUAUACUAAUUCUCUGAAAUUAGAUGGGCCAGAGUUCGAGUCAACAAGAGAUUUCAGAAUGUAACCGGUCUUUUUUUGUUCUAGUGAUUCAUUAAACUAUAUUUUAUACUUACUGGAAUCUUUUGACCGCCUCCUAUAAAAUUGGUCCACCAACCAACAAAAAAGUGAAAAAAAAUAUAGAGAAAAAAACCUAUAAACAGCAAGAAUUGGAAAUUUUGUAGAUCGAAGACCAGAUACAUGAUGCAUAACCAAUUGUUUUAAUCAAUCAGUUACAAGUUAAAUCUUUUUUUUAAAUAUCUUCAUUUUUUGAUGAUGACUCUUUAGCUAAUUUAAUCAAAACAUCCAAUUCGCCA